UGCGCAACGAUAAAGACAGCGAGCCGAAACCUAUGGGGAAGGAAUAAAAAAAGAAAUUCAGUAUCGUCGCACUCUGUACCUAAGGACCAUCAUUUUCUGAAGAGGUAGCUGCCCCGGAGCCUCGGUGAAGACACCGAAAUUUGACGACAACGAGGGCGGAUUUUAAAUAGGCACUGAGCCUUUGAUUUCGUAGAGAGAGACUGUGGCAACUGGCAGAUUUUCCGUUGGACGGUCUAGCGAGGGAGCCGCCAUGGCAGUCGGAUCAUUGAGCCUCCACAUCGGGAUAUGAAUAGGAACUGCAUGUGUCCCGAAUAGUCAAGAAAACGCCGCAUACCCUUUGAUCCUCACAGGAUCAGCUAUCCUAACAACUGAUCUCACCCUUCCUCCUCUUUGUGAAAGUGAUUUUGCACCCAGAAAGAAAUCGCUAUUGGUUUUAAUCGGGGGGCCACAGGGAGAGGCCAGAUUCAUGACUAUUUUAGUCGGAGACGUUUCUUCAGAGGCCCGCUGAGAGAAAAACCUGGAAUAUAAGGAAGAAAUGCUGCUCUGAUAGACCGUAGGUGGGCAAGAAAGGGUAGUUUAUUGGGAGAAACGGACUACAGUGAAGGAUAAAGGGGUCGCUUUCUGCCUAUCUUCCCUGUGAAUUUCAUUUACUGUCAUCCUUUUUGGAUGAGAAGGUCCGGCAAAUCAAUCAGCCCUGCCGUAUAGCCAGUCACAGUCUCCGAGCAGAGAGAGAACCAGAGGGAUUGGAUCAUGUCGGGUCGGCCUAGGACCACAUCCUUCGCGGAGAGCUGCAAACCAGUGCCGCAGCCCUCGGCUUUCGGCAGCAUGAAAGUCAGCAGGGAUAAAGAUGGCAGCAAGGUAACAACAGUCGUGGCCACUCCAGGUCAAGGCCCUGACCGGCCACAGGAGGUAAGCUACACGGACACGAAGGUCAUCGGCAACGGCUCGUUCGGCGUAGUCUACCAGGCCAAACUCUGCGACUCCGGAGAGAUGGUGGCCAUCAAGAAGGUCCUGCAAGACAAGAGGUUUAAGAAUCGGGAGCUGCAGAUCAUGAGGAAGUUGGACCACUGCAACAUAGUCCGCCUGCGCUACUUCUUCUACUCCAGUGGAGACAAGAAAGAUGAGGUGUAUCUGAAUUUGGUUCUGGAUUACGUUCCUGAGACUGUCUACAGAGUGGCCCGACACUACAGCCGAGCCAAACAGACCCUGCCCAUGGUUUAUGUUAAGUUGUACAUGUACCAGCUGUUCAGGAGCCUGGCCUACAUCCAUUCGUUUGGGAUCUGUCAUCGGGACAUCAAGCCCCAAAAUCUGCUGCUGGAUCCAGAGACCGCUGUGCUCAAGCUCUGCGACUUUGGCAGUGCUAAGCAGCUGGUCCGCGGGGAGCCUAAUGUGUCCUACAUCUGCUCUCGCUACUAUCGAGCACCUGAGCUCAUCUUCGGUGCCACUGACUACACCUCCAGCAUAGAUGUGUGGUCAGCUGGGUGCGUGCUAGCAGAGCUGUUGCUAGGACAACCAAUCUUCCCCGGUGACAGUGGAGUGGAUCAGUUGGUUGAAAUUAUAAAGGUUCUCGGCACCCCGACCCGAGAGCAGAUCCGGGAGAUGAACCCCAACUACACUGAAUUCAAAUUCCCCCAGAUUAAGGCACAUCCUUGGACUAAGGUGAGUCAACAGGUGUUCCGGCCGCGCACGCCUCCCGAGGCCAUCGCCCUGUGCUCUCGCCUGCUGGAGUACACCCCCACCGCCCGCCUCACCCCUCUAGAGGCCUGCGCACACUCUUUCUUUGACGAGCUGCGCGACCCCAACGUCAAACUGCCCAACGGGAGAGAGAAGCCCUCCCUGUUCAAUUUCACCACCCAGGAGUUAUCCAGUAAUCCCUCUCUGGCCUCCAUACUCAUCCCAGCCCACGCCCGCAGCCAGGCAGCCGCCUCCACCCCCACCAACACCUCUGCCACCACAGAUGGCAGCAGCACAGAGCGAGGCCCCAGCACCACCACCGCCUCCGCCUCGGCCUCCAACUCCACCUCCUGAGCCCUCAGACGUGAUCUCCGCUCAGCUCCGCCCCGCUCUCCCCCCCCGACAGCAGCGGAGCAAUGCUGACGCAGUCCGGGUUCAACAGCUAGCCCACAGCCCCAUGCCAAAACCACAAACCAAGCCCCCCUAAUCCCUGAUCUUUUGUCCCUGACUGGCCCUUCAUCCAGCUGUUUGAACUCUACUCCAUCCUCCCUCAAAGACGUCUCUCCGUGCCCUCUCGACGGGGAAGCAAAGCGCAGGGCCAGAGGUGUUGUCGAGUGUACUCUUGUUAAAGUACACUGUACAUGUAUACACAAUGCUAGCCUGCUAAUGUUUGUAAGAGGACAAUCUGUAGAAAAAGUCCUAAGCUGUUCCCCCUCUCCGGCCUUCCCCCUUCGUCCUCCUCGUCCCAUUUUUCUGCAUCCUUUGACCUCUGACCCCGAUGUGUCCCCUGGCCGACCCCCCCCCCCCCCCCUUGGUUCCUCCUGUAGUGCAUGGCCUGAGUAUGGUUAGGAUCUCCCGGGGGUCUCCACGUCCUCUCACUUCUCAACUCCACUUCUGCAGACAAGGCAUGAGGCUCACGCACGGGUAUACACACACACAUACACACUCACAAACACACAUGUACAUCCUCACACACACACACACAUGGGUGCAUGAUGAUCCUGAUGUAUGUGGAAAGACGCAGUCCACUUGCGGGGGUACCGUUUGGACAGGUUUCUUUUUUUUUCCCGUUGCCUAGGGUUGUUUUUAAAUGGUCUGAAAAGCUGUUUUACGCGACCUUGUUUUAAAUUGUUUUGUACUCCUGGGCAGAUGUUUUUGGAUUGCCAUGUGCGAUGGAUGUGACAUGUAUCUGGUCCUGUGUGCUUGUAUAAUAUAUACAUACAAAACAAACUUGCAUACAUACACAGUUUAUAUAUUACUUUUCCUUAUGUAUAAAAAGUAUAUAUAGAUAUAUGUAUAUUAACUACAAUGGUUCAGAAAUCAUUUAUGGUGAGCUCAUAUCUGGCAGAGCAGUGGCAAUAUUUGCUGCUGCCUAAAGACAAUAGAUCUAGAUGAGGUGGUGUUUUUGUUUUCUUUGCUGGAGUGUUGUUAGAUUCCAGCUGUCUGCCCUGUGUCGUCUGUAUUAAGGCUGUAGAUGGAUUUAGGGCAUUGCUCUAUUCCUUGUCUUUGUACCGACUCUGUCUGUAACAGUGUUUCUGUGACAGUGCAGUUUCUAGACGAACAUCUCCCCCCCCGUCCCCCCCCGUCCUUUUUCUCUCAGUCUCUGUGAAAAGUUCACGGUGUUUCUCAUCACUUUUCUUUCUGGCGUCGGUCCCCUCACCUCUGACUGUCUCCUGUUCUGUGACCACUGACUGAAGUGUUAGCCUAGCCUUCUCGCUCCCCCGACCCCCCCCCGCCGCACAUAAGAGCCCCUCGGUACAGUCUGUCCAAGCGUCUUAUUUACAGACAAUACUCACUACAUUUAAAAAAGAAGAAAAAAAAAAGAAAGAAAAGCAGAAUUUGUAUAUACAGUAUAAAUGCUCCUCACCAAAAUUCUGACUUGUAUUUUGUUUUUUUAUGUUUAUUAUUUUUUGUUCAUGUUGUUUUCAAGGUAUGUAUGUAUGCAGACCCAUGUACUGUUUAUGAGCAAAAACAAAGAUGAUAAAAGGUAGGGAAAGAAGAAAUGAAAGAAAAGAUUAAAAAAAAACAAUCAGGGCAAAACUGAUGUUUAUGGAUAUUGUAGAGAUGAUGAUGAUCAGCUUUAUCCAGCCAUAUGUUCAAUCUUACCUGUACAGUACAGUAGAUGACAGCUGUAUUAUUGUAACACCAACUAGUCAUGUAUAGUGUAACUAUAGUUUGGAGUGCCUUUGCUUUCAUACACCUUCGCCUUGUUUCCCCUCUCACCCGCCUCCCCCUUCCAUCACCCACUCCCCCCCCUGACUUGGACUCUCCCUUUGGUGCUGUUGAAUGUCCACACACACACACACACACACACACACACACACGAUUUUCAGUCCCCCUCCACUCGCACCUCUUCCCAUUUUUCAUUGCACACUUAAUGUAAUAUACAGACAUUGUUCAUUAUUGUAAGGAUUAUUUUUUCCUUAACUGAAGAUACGAGUAGUGUUUAUUUUAAUAGAUGUUUUAUUUUGGACACACAUGCACGCACAGCACAAACUUGUAUACCACAGGCUCCGGGGCAUGAAGUGGGUUUGGGGGAUGGCAGCGGGGGUUAAAAAAAGGCCUCGUAUACUGUAGUCAAUACAGUAUCGUUUCUGUGUAACUCACAGUGUUGGUUCUGUUACCAAAAGCCAAACUAAGAUGUAGUUGUGAUGAGGCAGUUAUGUAUGUACUCUGUCUCCUGGAUCUUUUUUUGUCCUUUUUGCUUGUUCUCCUUCCUGUCUGCACACUUCAGUAGCACCUAAGGCAUCGAGUCAUGUAGCCUCUCUCCUGUCUCCUGCUUGCUGUAAUUUUGCAUUCAUGAACGUGUUGCUACCCUCCACAAGAAAGACUGAACACCUCACCCUACCCCCUAACUCCAGUUCAAUAAAAACACCACAAAGGUUACCAAAAAAUAAGUUUAUAUACUAGUAUAAAAUAUUAUGCUGGCAUAUACACACGUUUAACAUGUUAACUGGGUUUAAAGAAAAAGAGUACCACACAACAUCCUGUAUAACAGUACUACUACUUGAAUGCCUCCGUUUGUGACUGAAACUUUGAUUUCAUUUUUUUGUUUUGUUCUGUGAAGGUAUGCUAAAUGUGCACCUCUGUAAAUAUUCCCUCUGCGUGCUCUGAGGAAUAGUUCCCUGGUACUGUAAUUUGCAUUAAAUAAAGAGUAGGAUAGCCUGGAAAUGAUCAA